GGUUUUGAGGCUCGGGUCCGGGUGGCGAACCGAGAUUAACAGGAGCUUAAAAGCCGCUGUGGAUUUCGACGAUGAUGCCUAGUCGUGCCAAGCAGACGUCAAGUGCUACGUAGUAACAAGUCCUUGACCUUUUCUCUUGCUCUUAUUACCUCUUCGCCUGUCCAUCGCAUUCCUACAGCCGCGUCUUGCGCCUCCCUCCCAUCACGCACCAAGCCAUCCACGGAAGUAGAAAGAAAGAAAGAAAAAAAAAACCUCCCCCAAAGCAGAGCAGAGCAGAGCACACGCGCAACGCAACCAUGUCCUCGAUCACCACCGCGAUCCCCACGGGCCUAAUCACCGACUGGUGUCUAAGCGUCGCAGAGCGCUUCGACGGCUCGCGGUACGAAUGCGCGGCAGACAAGCCCGGGUGGAAAGCAUCCAACUACCAGACCUUCUGCUGCGACGGCGACAUCCUCAACACGGCCAAGGACAUCUGGCACGACAUCGGCCCCGGCAAGAACAACUCGAUGGACAUGGCCGACAUGGUCUGCUGCGGGCUAGGCGGCGCGCAGCAGGGCGGCAUACACCCGCUGCCGACGGCGUACACGACGUGUUCGGCGGGCGCCCCGACGCCCCUGGCCAGCGUCGCGGGCACCAAUACGGAUAACGCGGCGCCGUUCCUCGUCACGUACACCAGCGCUAGUUUUGGCCAGGGCACGACUGGCGAUUACGUCCCCACCGAGCGGCCGACUUGUUUCUGGGCGUACACGGUGGGUGUCGGGACCACGCAGGUCACGCUGCCGGCGCCGGAUAUUACGACUCUGCCGCCGGAUACGACGGACGCGUUUGGGUUCACUAUUGUCGCGCCGAGUACGACUGCGACGCGGCCUGGGACGACGGGGGGUGCUUCGGUGCCUGCUGGUGCGACUGGGGCCUCUAGCUCGGAGCUGAGAACUACGGUGUUGACGGGGACGGGGACGGGGACGGGGACGGCGGCGCAGAGUAGUGAGGUUCCGAGUGAGUCGACGUCGACGCCUUCGGGUGCGUCGGGUGUUAUGGGUGUGAGGAAGGGGUAUAUGUAUCUUGCUUUGGGUAUUGCGACCAUGAGCUUGUUUUGGAGCUGAUACUAGUGUAUCUGUAUUGAGAAUUUGAAGAGUGGAUAAAGGCGGAGGUUUUUAUGACUCUAUUAUGAUGUUGAUAAUAAUGUAAUGAUAUGGGAGGGUUAAAUCUCGAUUUGGCGCCACACUAUGUAUGUAUAGGAGAUGUUGUCAUAGAACGGAACGGCUCUCCUGAGUUUAGAGCAUCCGGUUCUUAGAGAAACAUGGUUUUGUCAUUGAAGAUCACAAUAGUACCCCGAGGCUGGCCAAGCUACUGGCUUUUGCCUCUCCUUUAGGUACAUUACAUAUCCACAAGACAAGACUAUUGAAUAAAAGAAUUAAAUAUUA